AUGGGCCAAUGUGAGAUGGUAGACAAAAAGCGUAAAUUUUGUGAAGACAUUUCCUUAGUGACACCAUGGCACAAGAGAGUAUACAGUGACAUGGCAGACCAAUUUUUUGGGAGACCUGUUGUGACUUGUGAACACCAUUCUUCUAAAUUUAAGAAAUUUGAAUUAUUGGGAAGUUUGGUUUUUCCAGCAGAAUCAUGGUAUGAGCUUGGGACUUUUGUUGCAUAAAAUGUCAAACAUAAACAAUACUUUAAGUUACCCGAACCAAAAUGGGCUAGAUACAUUAUGUUGAGAUUAAUUACUCAUGGAACAGAGUUUUACUGCACACUUGGGCUUUUUGAAGCAUAUGGUAUUGAUGCAAUUGAAAAAAUGCUUGAAGAUUUGAUCAUGGCUUCAGGGGAAGCAACUGAAAGAAAAGUAUCAAAUCCUAACCGGACUGCAGCUCCUGCUUUGUGGGAAACUACUGGUUUUUCUAAAAAACUUGAUGGUGACAAUAAAAAGAUCAAAGGGGUAGAUGAUCACGAUGCAACAAAGAAGCCAUUGAUAGAUAUUAAAGUUCCUGAAACUAUAACCAAAGGUAAGGGAAGAAUACACGGUGACGCUAUUUUAAAGAUUUUGAUGCAAAAGAUUCGAUCGUUGGAAAAUGAUAUAUUGUCGUUGGAGGAUUACAUUAAUGAAGUGAACAAGAUACAAGGGGACGUUCUUCCGCAUCUUGAUAAAGAAAUUGUCAAGUAUUCGGGGCUCUUAGAGCAAACUAGGUCGGAAAUUAAGGAAUUCUGGCCGUGGAAAGAGACCAUGGAGAAACGCAUUGCAGACUUGGAGUCAUGGAAAGCUUCAGUAUCGUUCUUAUUGGAGUCAGUUGUCAAGGAAAACGUUAUGCUAAGGCAAGAUAUUGAGAAGAUUGCAAGAGAUGAAGAAAGCAUGGACUAG